GUUUUUCCGUGGUUUGAAACCAACGGCGAAACCCGAAUCUUGGGCCAAGGGUCGACCCACGCUCCGUCAUGGCCGAGGCUGCGCACGGGUACGACUUUGUGUAUCUCAAGACGGCCGUGGGCGCGCCGCUGGCCGAGGCGCUGGCGCAGCUCGCUCUCGACCAGCCCGAGGAUCCGAUUGAGUACGUCGGCAAGUACCUUCUCAAGUACGUUGCGAACGAGAAGAAGCGCCACGAGCGGGCGAGCGUGACCGUGCGCCGCAAGACGGACUCACAGGUGCUCGCAGAAGAGGAGGCCAAGCGCAACGAGUCGCUCCGGAAGCUCAAGCUCGCGCACGACGAAGCGCUCAUUGCGGAAAGCACCACGCGAGAGCUGCUUCAAAAGACGGACGACGUCGACAUCCUCUGCAAGCUCGUGAUCUCCAAGCUCCUCUUAGCGACCGGCGCCGAAGCGUGCUACCUCGGACGCAAAGUGAGUGAUGCCGAGGGCGCCAACUUUAUCGAAUGGUUUGCUUCGUCCGAGAACUCGACCUGCGUGCUCGGCAAGUUCAUCUCGGAAGAGACAGGCUUCACCUACGACAUUCUCCGCGAAGUCGAGGACCCGAAUGCGACGCCAGACGAAGAGGGCAACCUCCCGCCACCCGCGAUUCCAUCGUUUCUCCACGUCGAGAACGUCAUACGCGAGCCGCGCCUCAAGUACUUUGGCAUCCCGCGCAUGGGCGCGUACCUUGUUCGGGGCCUCAGAUACAACAUGUACCUCCACGACGACAUCGUCCAGCUCUCGUCCGACUCGAUCUCGACAAUCGAGAGCUGGCUCGUCAUCGCUGUCGACACGAUCGGCCAAGCGAGGCCGUUUUCCCCGGAGAACAUUGAGGCCUUUCUCAAGUGGUCGUCCGCCUUUGCUGACGCGUUUGAGCAGUACGAGAAGCGGGCGUACACGGCGCAGGUCGAGUGGAAGCGCGCCGAGGACAAGGAGGCAAAAGGAGCUCUCGAUGAGCUCCGGGACGCUGUCUCGACGAGCGACGCCCGCAUUGCGUCGGUCCUCGAGCCGAUCGAAGACGAGAACGCCAAGGCGCUGCAGGAAGCCACGAUGAAGUGCGACGCGCUCGCGACAAUCGUAGCCACCAAGUACUUGACGCAAAUCGGGAAGCUCGCCGCGUACCUCCUACCGUUCAAGCUGCCCGUGCUUCGGACGCUUUCAGCGGUCCUCCGCCUCGUCUUGGAUGCCCCCAAGGACGCGUAUUUGAGCGCCGCAACCAAGCUCCCGACGUGGGACAAGCUCCGCUUGGCACUCGAGCCCGAGACGUUUGCAUCUGCGUUCCAAGCAUUUAACGCGAUCGAGGCGCGGCCGAGCGUGACGCAAGAGGCCAAAGACCUCCUUGGCGAGACCAGCCUCGACGACGUCGAGCCUGCGGGCCCCGUCGUGAGCGCCCUCUUCAUGUGGCUACAAGCAGCAUGCGGCGUGGUCGACGCCAUCGCCGAGGCCAAGGCGCGCGAGGCCGAAGCCAAGAACGACACGUAGAUGCGUAGAUGCGUAGAGGCUGUGUAUGUACAUAUCUCGUCAAUGACGAUGCUUGCGUGCUGCCAUUAUUCGCAUGGCAUGUUGUCUCUAG